GGCGCUAAAAGAUUAUCAACAGAGUGGUUAAAAUGCAGAAAGAAAAAAAACAAAUAUAAUUUAUAUAUCUCCUUGUAAAAAAAUAUAUUUAUAAUGUCAGACGAAUCCGAAUACGAUAUAGAGCCUGAAGUAUUUGACGUUUACAAAAGAAAAUAUCAAAUGUUGUUGGAUAGAUGUGAAAUAUUGCAACAGGAAAACGAAAGAUUGGUUUUUCGUAUUCAGAAAAUAAGGAAACUACUUAAACGAACAAGAAAGGAAAAAAAAUUCUUAAUCGAUCGACUGGAUCAGCAUGGAGAUCGGUGGAGGGAAGCACCUAUGGGUGUUCUAGAAGAGAACAGUGUGUUUCAAUCAACUAUGAAACAAGAGAAAGGAACUAAAGUUGCACCAAAUAAUUCUAAAGAAGAUAAACCAAAAAAAGCAACGAAGCGGAAAGGUACUAAGGCAGAUCCCAAUGCACCCAAACGACCUGCGAAUCCCUUCUUUCAAUUUUGCCAAGAACAAAGACCUCGUGUAAUGGAAAGGUUGGCUGGUGAUCCUGAGCCAAGUAAACAGGAACUAACUAGACAAUUGGCGACUACAUGGAAAUCCCUUAGUUCUGAAGAUAAAAAGGUGUAUUAUGAUAUGUACGAACGUUCCAAAGAGAAGUAUGUUGCAGAAAUGCAAAUUUAUAAUAAAAAAACAGAAGAUCCGCCGAGUCAAAUGUCUUUAAAUAAAACGUAGUGAUUACUUUAAUUAAUUUCUACUCUCUGUAUAUAUAUAUAUAAAUAUAUAUGUAUUAUCUUUAAUUGUACGUUUGUAUUUACGAUCAUAUGUAAUUGUAUAGCAUAAUAGAUAUUCUAUAUAAAAAC